AAUGCGCAAGCGUGAUCAACAGGGUUUCGACUAGUUACCACUGCCACAAAGUCAACAUUUGCUAUAUCGUAAAUACUCCUGAAAAGAAAAAUGCAACUUUUGUUCUUAAUUUAAGGAUAGGGUUAGCAGUGUGGUUAAGGUUAGGGUUGAAAUCAAAUUUUUAAAAGAUACAUUGUAGAAAUGGGCUGGGUUUAUGACUUUGUGGCUGUUGUAACUACAUAAGACGUUUUCCUGUCGUUGGUCUUUUCACCUGACAGACGCAGGCUACCGGUUUGUUUCAAUUCACGCUUUGGGGCUUGAUCUAAUUUCAUACGGAGAUACGUGUUAAGACUGCACCAGCAAUAUGUCGUAUAUGCUACCGCAUCUCCACAACGGCUGGCAGGUCGACCAAGCUAUUCUAUCCGAGGAAGACAGAGCCCUGGUUAUUAGGUUUGGACACGAUUGGGACCCAACAUGUAUGAAAAUGGACGAGGUGUUGUACAGCAUAGCUGAAAAGGUGAAAAACUUUGCAGUCAUCUAUUUGGUGGACAUCACAGAGGUGCCAGACUUCAACAAGAUGUAUGAGCUGUAUGACCCUUGCACUGUCAUGUUCUUCUUCAGGAACAAGCACAUCAUGAUAGAUCUGGGGACUGGUAACAACAACAAGAUCAACUGGACCAUGGAGGACAAGCAGGAGAUGAUUGACAUUGUUGAGACCGUUUACCGAGGGGCGAGAAAGGGACGAGGUCUGGUCGUAUCUCCGAAGGACUAUUCCACAAAAUACAGAUACUGAUUGGUUCUUUCCAUUGCUUUGUGUGAUGCCCAAUGGGAGCAAAUCUGUCCUUUCAAUAUUAGACUUUCUGAACAGCUGGACUACAGACAGGCUCUGAAUAGAGGGGGCCUGCUCUCUUUUUUUAUGUUACAGCCAAGUCACCUUUUUUCAACAGCAGUCAUAAAAACCAUAAUUUGUUGUUUUUGUAUUUAAUAAAUGUUGUGUUCAUAUGA